GGGGGGGAGGAAUUGGCGAGACGGGGAAGGAGAGAGCGAGAGAUUGGGGAGUGAGACGAAAGGCUGCGGGAGAGAACGAAAAAGGUGAGCGAGAGAAAGGGGAGGAGGAGUGUGGUGGGGGGAGGGAGAUGAUGGUGUAUUAGAGAGAACGACCGAGAGAGAGGGGGAGGGAGAGAGAGAGAAAACGCUACAGAGAGAGAGCGCGAGCAAGGUGAGAGAGAGAGGGGCAGUGAGCUCGCAGCUGGCGGAGGCGAUGGAGGCAAAUUGGGUUCCGAGUGGAGACGGAUGGGUGCGGCGCAUCGAGAAUGGGACCCUCCCUCCCGCGGCCGAGUCUGCGGCCGGAUCUACCGACACGGACCAAUCCAUCUACCCGAGAGCGUCCGUCAACCGGCAGACGAUACGGCGGCGGCCCACGAUGAUGCGGGAGAAGGCGGGCCGGCGUCAGGCCGUGCGGGGCCCCGCGUAUAUGUUCAGCGAGCGGGCCACGAGCCUCACGGCCGAGGAGGAGCGCUUCCUCGACGCGGCCGAGUACGGCAACAUCCCCGUGGUGCGCCGCAUGCUGGAGGACGGCGGCGCUGGCCGCUCGCUCAACGUCAACUGCGUGGACUACAUGGGCCAGAACGCCAUGCAGCUCGCCGUGGGCAACGAGCACCUCGAGGUGGCCGAGCUGCUGCUCAAGCGCGACAAGCUGUCGCGGGUCGGCGACGCGCUCAUGCUCGCCAUCAGCAAGGGCUACGUGCGAAUUGUGGAAGCCAUCCUCGCCCACCCGGCCUUCGCCGGUGAGAAGCGCCUCAUCUUGAGCCCCCGCGAACAGGAGACGCAGGACGACGACUUCUACGCUUACGACGAAGACGGCACGCGCUUCUCUCCCGACAUCACCCCCAUCAUCCUUGCAGCGCACUGCCAGGAGUACGAGAUCGUGCACAUCCUGCUGCGCAGGGGGGCGCGCAUCGAGCGGCCGCACGACUACUUCUGCAAGUGCGGCGAGUGUACCGAGAAGCAGCGGCACGACGCCUUCAGCCACUCACGCUCGCGCAUCAACGCGUACCGCGGCCUCGCCAGCCCCGCGUACCUGUCGCUGUCCAGCGAGGACCCCGUGCUCACUGCCCUCGAACUCAGCAAUGAGCUCGCCAUGCUGGCCAACAUCGAGAAGGAGUUCAAGAACGACUACAAGAAGCUGUCUGUGCAGUGCAAAGACUUCGUGGUGGGGCUGCUCGACCUGUGCCGCGACACGGAGGAGGUGGAGGCGAUCCUCAACGGCGACGCGGAGCUCAACCCGCCAGCCUGCGACCGCCAGCGAGCAGCCCUCAUCCGCCUCAAGCUCGCCAUCAAGUACGAGGUCAAGAAGUUUGUGGCUCAUCCCAACUGCCAGCAGCAGCUGCUGUCCAUUUGGUACGAGAACAUCUCGGGCCUGAGGCAGCAGUCCAACGGCAUCAAGUUUCUCGUGGUGCUCUCCGUGGCCAUGUCACUGCCCAUCCUCGCGCUCGCCUACUGGAUCUCACCUUGCAGCCAGAUCGGGAAGGUGCUGCGGAGCCCGUUCAUGAAGUUCGUGGCGCACGCCGCCUCCUUCACCAUCUUCCUGGCGCUGCUGGUGCUCAACGCCUCCGACCGCUUCGAGGGAGUCAAGCUGCUGCCCAACGAGACGGAGACCGACCACCCGCAGCAGCUCUUCCGCAUCAAGACGACGUCCUUCACCUGGACGGAGCUGCUCAUCGUCGCGUGGAUCAUCGGGAUGAUCUGGGCCGAGUGCAAGGAGCUGUGGGCCGAGGGGCUCAAGGAGUACCUCUUCCAGCUGUGGAAUGUCCUCGACUUUGGCAUGCUCUCCAUCUUCGUGGCGUCGUUCACGGCGCGCCUCUUCGCCUUCCUCAAGGCCUCCGAGGCGCAGCGCUUCGUCGACUCGGAGGGCUUUCCCAACGUCUCCAACGCGACGCUACCCGAGCACAUCCGCUACUUCAACCUGGCUCGGAGCCACUGGCUCCCCUCGGACCCUCAGAUCAUCUCCGAGGGCCUCUACUCCAUCGCCAUUGUGCUGAGCUUCUCGCGCAUCGCCUACAUCCUGCCGGCCAACGAGAGCUUUGGGCCCCUGCAGAUCUCCCUGGGCCAGACGGUGAAGGAUAUCUUCAAGUUCAUGGUCAUCUUCAUCAUGGUCUUCCUGGCCUUCAUGAUCGGCAUGUUUAACCUAUACUCAUACUACCGGGGCGCCAAGGUCAACCGCGCCUUUGUCACAGUUGAGGAAAGCUUCAAGACCCUCUUCUGGUCGAUCUUCGGCCUCUCCGAGGUGGCUUCAGUCGUCAUCAACUACAACCACAAGUUCAUCGAGAACAUCGGCUACAUCCUCUACGGGGUCUACAACGUCACCAUGGUGGUGGUACUGCUCAACAUGCUCAUCGCCAUGAUCAACAGCUCCUACCAGGAGAUCGAGGACGAUUCGGACGUGGAGUGGAAGUUCGCUCGCGCCAAGCUCUGGAUCUCGUACUUCGAGCAGGGCCGCACGUUGCCCGUGCCCUUCAACCUCGUGCCCAGCCCCAAGUCGGCCGUGCAGCUGCUGUUGGCAGCGGCCCGCGCCCUCGGCCGCCUGUGCCGCUGGCGCAAGCACAAGGGCAAGCUGGACGUGGAGAUGGACAUGCUGGACGCCAAGGCCAAGGACCUGUAUAGCCUGAGGAGCAACAUGAACCGAAGCAUGAACAGCAUAGGUCAGCAUCCCACCCGCUACCAGCAAAUCAUGAAACGGCUCAUCAAGAGGUACGUCUUGAAAGCCCAGUUCGACAAGGAGAACGACGAGGUCAACGAAGGAGAGCUCAAGGACAUCAAGCAGGACAUCUCGAGCCUGCGCUACGAGCUCCUGGAGGAAAAGUCCCAGAAUGCCGAAGACCUCGCCGCCAUUAUCCAGCAGCUCAGUGAAAAGUUCAACCUGGAGAUCCCACAGCCAUCCGACAAUGACGAGCUGGACUUGGAGGAGAAAGAUGUCAGGUUAUAGCCCUUGGAGCUGUGGGUUCGUGAGAGAGGGGGUGGCAAAAAUCUCCCACUUAGGGCGGUGUGCUUUUGGACGAUGUGUGUUUGACGGACAGCGACAGAGGACCCGGGGGGGGGGGGGGGGUGGGGGGGGGUGGGGGGGGCGGUCAGCCGUGAUGCGGCGACCUCAUCGUUGGACGCGAGUCUCUUUGCCGAGUAGCAAGAGGACGAGUUGCUUGUGUGAAGCGGGCCACACUGAGCAGUCGUAGGGAGCCUAAAAGUAAAACGGGACGAGGACAACGCCGCCUGCGUGCGCGAAACGUUUGCAUUUUCCAUUCGAAAACGACGCCCCCCCCCCCCCCCCCGCCUCCCCCACCGUGUUCCCCGGCGUAAACGAAACAAUGAGAACAUAUACGUCAUAGUCUGAUUACCACAUCCGGUUGGUAAUUUUUCUUACCAAAGCAGGCCGUCUGCUGUAAUGUGGAUGUUAAACAAGAACAAAAAGACAGCGGUGAUCGUUCAAAAGGACGGGCUAUUUGUGUGCUCUUGCAUUAAGCCCAAAUCCCAAAUGUGAAAGUUAUAAUAAAUAAAAUGAUAUACAGUCGUCCCUCGGUUAACAGUGAUAUCGGUUAACGGUUUUUGCGGUGAACAUUUCGCCGCCCAUAGAGAACCCCCAUGGUUUGAACUGACGUUAACACUUUCAUGUAACGGUAACAUGUUUAUGUUGUGCACGCCAAUUUUGGCCAAUUCCAGCGCUCCUAAGUGAGGGCUGAGCCAUGCCCUCAGCCAAACAGCAACUGCCAUUUGCAAGCGUUUAGAGCUCGAAUGGCUUUAUGCUUAACAUGUUUUCUGUUUUUCUAGCAGUGUAAACACUAUUUUGGCAGUGUAAACACUUAUAAUUGAAUUUGAUUAACAGUCAUUUCGGUGAACAGUUUCAGUGGAAUGGAUAAAAAAAAACGUUAACCAAGGGACUACUGUGUAUAUAUAUUUCUGCAGCAUUAUAAAAAUUGCUAAGUUCCCUCUUGCAAUGGGCUGUCACCAGAUGAAAGUACCAAUUUGUUCCAUUUAACAUUGGAGCAGUUUCUUUGUUCCAUAUUUAAGAUGCCUUUUGUGCCAGCAGACCUGCAUUGGCUUCAUGCGUCCCGGCUCCCACAGUGCCCCACUCCAGAAAUUAGCAGUCGUGCUAGCGUGAGAUAUUUUUUUGACCACGUUGAAUUUGGACGCAGAUUAGUAUACGGUAGAUUAUUUGAAACCCGAUGAGUACACGUGCAAUUUCAUACCGGCCUCCCAGUGCACCUCUCGUUUUGAUCUGACUGUCCCAUAUCUGUCAACCCCUUAUCAGUGCCUACCUCAUUACAGACCAAUUCAGACCCCGUGCCCUUAUGAUUCUCAACGUUCAUCCUACAAAGUCCCAUCACAAGGGAUACACACAAAUAAAUAGACAAAAAAUACUUUCAUUCAAUUUCCCUGUACAAGAAUACAGGUAAACCGUAUGGGUUGACAGGUAUGCUGUCAUGUCAUGCUGGCUUCCAUAAUGCACUUGUGCGCUGUUAUCUUGGACAAAUUUAAAAGUAGUGUGAGUCACGUGAAUGCCACUUUCAAUUCCUCCCCCCCCCCCCCACCCUGUGAAAGAAGCUUAUAAAACUCAAAACAGACAGCCCGGUGCACACAUCCUGUGUGUUCCUAUUAAAAUAAGAGCUUCUGGUUUCCAGGGUUGUAUUUGUAACCAUGGUGGAGACCCUCCUCUCCAUUUAGAAAUCACGGGCCAACUCAUUUUCACAAUUGAUUCUAAGAAUAGUGGCUCUGAGGAAGAGUUGUUAAUAUGCCCACGCUCGACAACCUCAGCAGAGUCGGGAUGGGUUUUGGAUAUAAAAAUUCUAUAUUUUCGGAUCAUUUCCAUUUUGUAAUAGUGGAAACUGUGCUUGAGCGAAACAAAGCGGCAUCACGUGGCAUUGAUGCCACUUUUAGCGGUGAAAAAGGGGAAGUGACAUACUAUUAUGACGUCAUUUCCCGUGGCAUCAUACUUUCGGCCUGAUUUUCAGAUUGCUAUUUUGAGGAUUUAACAAAAUUGGGAGCAUAUCCCUUCUUCUUAGUUACUUCUGCAGGGAAUUACCAAUGUACACCGUCUACUGAAAGGUGGACAUUAAAGACCCGACAAAGCAUCGUCUAUACAUCGUCUGCAAGAGUGUGUGCCAGCGUUGGAUAACUUAAAUGGCAGAGAAUUAAACCAACUUAUAAAGUUCCCAAACAACUGAUGUCGUACGAAAAAAACUAUACAUUUACUGUGCCUAUGUAAAUAUGAAAAUUAGACAUCUUUUGCAAAAUAUAUAUCAUGAAUCUCUUUGGUCAGUCACAUCCAGAUUAUAUUAUUGACAUUUAUCCAUUAUUAUUUAUUUUAGUUUGACUCCACCAUCAUAGAGUAGUCAUAGUGUAUCUAUAGGGAAGCACACUGGUCGUUUUCUUUUCUUAGAGGUUAUUGGCACAAAAUCAAACGAUCAAACGAUGUAUUUAAAUGGUUUUCUAUUAAAUGAGUAUGCGUUAGUUGAAAGUAUGAUGUGUGUAUAUAUACGACGGUAUUUUUAUGCCAAAAAAAAGACAAACGUUCUAAGCAAUUCAAUGGGGUUGUUUUUUUGUUAUUCCACCAUUUAACGCAUUAUUUAAGUUGGUGUUUACACUGUAUUUUGUCUCUGGGGACCCUGAAAGAUCUUUGGGGUUCAUGUUAAACGGAUAACUCAUCAAAACAAGUGAGCAUUCAUAAUUAUUGAUGGAAACCUAGCUGUUGACAGCAUUUCCUCAAACAAUAAGGGGUUGUUUCCCCCCCCUCAAAUCCCAGCUUCUGGCCCAAAUGCACACACAAGCUACCAUCAACUUUGGAGCCACUUUACAAGGGUGAGGCGUGAGGAAUUCCAAUCCCAGAGUCCACCGGUUCGAUCUCCUGGCAUGGCAAGUUUCUCAUAUCAACCCAACCUCUGUCCACCCAGCAGUACAAACAAGUACAACUCACAGUUGAUCGGCAGGCAGGCCGUGCGUGCAGGGGUGGAGUGUCGUUUUCCUUUGCGGUGGCAUGCGCUGUGAGUUCUCCCAGAAUUUGCACGCUGUGUGUGCGUGUGAGCACAGAUCCGUGAGUCUCCAUCCAUACGACCACCUCUGUCUGUUCUGUAAGACACGUAGCCAUCACUCUCACACUAUUUAAUCGCCAAUUGAGAAUAAAGUAAGGGGCAUUCAAAAUCAAUGUAUGUACGUAUGUUGAACUUCUUUCGCACCGUACGUAGCCAACCGUGCUUAUCGGAGGUGUGGGGGAAGGACGACAAACUAAACACGAAAAGUAGUUCUAAAGAAAUUAUGUUUCAAUCUAGGUUAUUUAAACGUGCGUAGCUCCAGUGGCUUCCUAAUAUCAGAAGAGCAUUCCAGACGACCGCAGAAGUGCAUCUGAAAACGCGCGAUGCAGUGACCGUCUUUGUUCGAUGCCCAGCCAGAAGCUGCCGUGAUGAUGACCAGUUUGCGUGAUGGUUUAUUCUCCUUUACGAGAUAAGCAAGAUAGAUAUUAAAUCAAAGGGGUAUGUUCAAACACAUCGCGCUUACCUUUGCAUUCUCCCUGAAUGUCGACUACGCAUUGUUAAAAAAAAUUACAAUUUCUAACGUGUUGUCAUUAAAAUUGUUAAUGUGCAUAAUUUCCUGAAUUAUGAUGAUGCGGUUAGAGCCAAAAUUAAAUGUUUAAGUCACUAGAUGCCUCUUUAGUCGCACGAAUCAGGGUACCGUAAGGGAAUAUUUUUGACCCAGCAACAACGCGUUUACUAAUUUUCGCACACUCAUAGUCACUUGUCAUUGGCGAGGGUAUCUUGCAGUGACAGAAGUGACUUGAAGUAGGUGGAAAUGCGAAUCCCGCCAAAGUUCAGUAUGGAAAAGGUUCCCUGGCCCCUCCAUUAAACCGUUGGUGUUUACUUUCUGACACAAAUAAUUCAGUUAAUUACAUCGAAUAUGAUGAGGAAAAGAGGAAAGUCUCUGGCCUGGACUUGCACAGGGGCAGGGAGUCGACAGCGCUGAUGGAUGGCGGAGGGGCGUUCCAGGUUAUGGGGACAAUAGAGGAGAAAAAGCGACAAUCACUGACCAGGGUUCGACUGAGGCUUCGAUAAAAUGCCAUAAAUACCGGAGGAGAGUGAAUGUGGUUUGGAAUGACUCUUUAUUGUAAUCAAAGUAGUCAAAUAAUUACCUUUCAUGGUGGAGCGAUAGUUUAGUGGUUAUUGUGUUUCUAGGCCACAGGUAACAUCAGUGGCGAGUGCCAUCCAAACCUGUCCUUGGCACUUUCCUCCACCGACCUUCACUCACCACAAUGGUGAAGAAUGAUCGUACAACCCCCACAUACUGGCACGGUAUGGGGAGGCCUUAAUUCAAAAGUUAGUUAACUUGGGAGCUGUAUACUAUAGUUGAAAUGGUAUAAAAAUUAAAAGGGUUUGCUUUUAGCAUGGGUAUUGGACACCUAGCACUGACUUAAAAAAAUGUAAGCUCACGAUAUACAAUGCGUCUCCUUGUGUAAUAAUUAUUUUUAACUCGCAUAGCCCGUGUGCAGUUGGUUCCCGUGACCCCUGCAGCCACUGCAGGUGGUAUGCAUUCAACGCGACGUUAUGAAAAUGAGAGCAUUUCAUCAUUUGUGACCCAAAAUCGUGAGAAUUCCUCGAAUCGCAGGAGGAGUAAAAUCAUUCCAUGUAGAACUGGGCUAUCCAUUUGAUCGCUCGACUCAUUGGAUAAAACAAAAAUCAAACCUGUCAUUGCACGAAGAGGUCCGAUCUCUGUUGCACUUGUACCGCUGGGUAGGAGGUGAUGGACUGGGCAUUGUGACGUCAUCAGUAUCAUCAACGUCACGCUGGGCGUGACUUAUAGGGGGUUUCCAACCUUUGAGAGUACUAUAAAAUGGGCCCGAGUAAUCGACCGCACAACAGUAGUCGAUGGCAAUUCGUAUCCAAUGAAUCCACAUAAUCAAAUAGUCGCCAGUUCUAACUCCAUGGCGAGAAUGCACGUGACAAUCCACCUCCUAGUUUGAUACAUUUCCAUGAUUCUGCGUCACAAUGUCGACCACAAUUCAAUUGUUGUGAAUCGUUUUUUUUCCGUCUCCUUUGAAUUGUGUGGAAUGUUUUUUUUUUGUUGUCUCGUUUUGUCUCGUUCCUUCAAUAAGCCGAAAGGAUAACGUUUGCAUAUACCGUACAGUAAUUUGCUCAAAUCACGAUUCUUACACGCGCGAUUCGAUGCAAGUAUCGUGAGCGUGAGAAUUGAUUUUUUAUUGAUGGAUCAUGACAUGCCUAGGAUGCUGCCGUAGUGCAAUGGCUACGCAGAUUGGACUUGCAAUCCAGGGACCAACCGGCAUGAUGCCAGUAUGUGGCCCGACAGAAGAAACAACGGGGCAAGUUGCUUAAAAUACCACCACCUCUGUGCACCCAUUAGUAUACAGUUACAUGUAUGUAGUGAAAACGUGAGGUUUCUCAUACGUCUGUUCUAAAAUGCCAGGACAACGUGGAAGAGUAGGUCCAUUACCAUGGAGAGCAGUGGGUCUUAACCUGGGGUGCACGCUGGCACCCCCUGGCGGUGAUAGAUGCCCUUUAUGGGGAUAGCGAUACAUGGUCAGAUUUUUUUUUAGAAGGUAAAUCAUCGCAACGUAAACUAAACACGGGCACGUAAGUAACAACAACUACUUUGUUUCAUCAAACCUACGUAUUUAUUAACAUUAACGUUUCACGAUUGAGAACCAAAGGGGUGCAAGGCUGCAGUGAAGGUUACGCACCACUGCUCGAGAGGGUCUCUCUAAGAGCUGCCUGUAGUCAAGGCCGUUAGGACAGCAUUGGCGUUAAGCAAUUCCUGGGUCGCAUCUUUUCCCUCACCCUAACUUGGCUUACCACUUGAUGUUAACACUUGAUGUUAAGCUUGACAUUUGAUGUUAACACUUGAUGCUAAGCUUGACACUUGAUGUUAACACUUGAUGCUAAGCUUGACACUUGAUGUUAACACUUGAUGUUAAGCUUGACAUUUGAUGUUAACACUUGAUGCUAAGCUUGACACUUGAUGUUAACACUUGAUGCUAAGCUUGACAUUUGAUGUUAACACUUGAUGCUAAGCUUGACACUUGAUGUUAACACUUGAUGCUAAGCUUGACACUUGAUGUUAACACUUGGUGUUAAGCUUGACAUUUGAUGUUAAGCCACGUUGCAUUACUUGGUGGAUUGAACGUUGCCACUAAUUAAUCGUUGCAAUUGGUUUUGUUCUUUACCGUAGCAAAAUGCCCGAUUCUCAAACGAAAGGUUGUGAGUUCAAUUGCCGGUCUGGAACGGUCGAUCCUACAGUGCGGACUGGUUCCCACCAUAGAAAUGUCGAGUUGACACCGCUGGUUCAGAGCCACCAACAGGGAUGAGCCUCAUGUAUCACUUGCUUAAGCAUAGGGCACUUUUGACUUUUAAUUUAUGUAAUCAUCAAAUAGUUAUUGUCAGUUUUACAUUGAACAAAGGUUCCCCAGUUCCGUUGUUACGUGUAGGUUUAGCAUUGUAUAAUUAUCAUAGUCGCCAAAUGAAAUGAAAUGUCUUAUAUUUUGUAUUACAGUAUUAUAUGCGAAUAAAAUAUAAACAAUGUCUCAA